AAUGUCAAUAAUCACAAAAAUCUCAAACAAACCAUCGUAAAAUUAAUUUCUAUUGUAGAUUUUCUUGAAUAUUGUUUGUUCUACCGAAUAUUUGUUUCUUUUUAAAUCCAGAUUAUGGUGGCCGAAUACAUAAUCUAAGCUCCAAAACAUAUAAUUGUGACAAUAAUGUCGGAAACCAACAACAACACGCCUUCUAGGCCAGGCGAGGCUGCCUUGCUCAACAUGAAGUUACUGAAGAGUGAAUGCAGUGUUUUCAAAGUUCCAAAGGUACCCACGAGGAAAGUGAAUAAGAAAUCGAAAGUCCUCGACGAAGAACUUUAUGUAGAGGGAAUAUCAAAAAUAAUUCAAAGAGAUUUCUUCCCUGACUUGGAGAAGCUGAAGGCGCAGAAUGACUUCUUGGAGGCCACAGAGAACAAAGACUAUGAGAGGCUGCGGGAACUCACACACAAGUACAGCGGCCAGAGACCACCCACCGAGCCUUACAAUUCCCCAGCCACUUUUGACACUCCCAACCUGGACCACUCGGGCUCUCCCAUGACUCCCACCGUCCGAGAAAUGGGAACACUUUCAGAACAAAACACAGCUACAGAAAAACCAAAAGAUAUUACUGAUAACCACACUUUGGAUUCGUUUCUAGCGUCGCACACUAGUGAAGACAACGCCAGCUACGACCGGGUCAUUGCGCUGGAAGACAAGAAGCGGUAUGGCAAGCUGGCUCCCGCAUUCGAAGCGGAAGUGACGUCACGAGCGCUGGUGGCGGCGGCGGCGGCGCUGCCCAGUAUCGAGGAGCAGGCUGACCAGACAAAUAGGCCUGAUGAGCUAGCAACCUGGUCGUACCGCGCCAGGAACUACAUAAUGUACGUGCCGGACGGGUCGGGGCAGGCGGCGCCGCCGAAGCCGCAGCUUCAGCACCACAACACCCGGCUGAGGGCCGACCCCUUCGACCAUCAGCGGAACAAGGAGGAGAUUGAGGCUAUUGCACGGAGUCAGGACGCGACGGGCACCGGCAAGAUCGGCGUAGACGGCGUGUGCGUGGCGCAGAGCAGCCAGUACGCGCUGCUGCCGCCGCCGUCGCCGCAGCCCGGCGCCGCGCCCGACCAGUCGCCGCUCAUGACGUGGGGCGAGAUCGAGGGGACGCCCUUUAGACUAGAUGGGGGAGACACGCCGAUACCACACGUGGCGGCGGGCGCGGCAUACCGUAUGCUGGAGGCGGGCGCGCGCGAGCGCAUCGCGCUGCAACUGGCUGAACAGGUUGCACGCAGGCGUCGCCCCACCACGCCCCGGGUGGCCCCGACCACGCCCAGUUUCAGAACGAACACGGAGCGGCUGGCGAGCAUGUCACCAGCGGCUCGCAGACUCGCGACCAAACACCUCCUGUCCCCGCGACUCAAACUAACUCCCAACGACAUGGGCAUCGCCCGCUCGACCACCCCCAAGACCCCUCGGAGAACCCCACUCGUCACCACACCCAACGCCAGAGAAAGAAAUCAAGGGUCAACCGUAGCUGGACAAACAGAUCUCACGGAUAACCUCCUGCAAAUCAAUGUCGCGAAACGGUCGAGGUUAAAAGCAAAGGACUUCUUUGAGUAGUGUACGUUUAAGGUUUAAUAUAUUUAUAGAAUUGAGCAGUA